UCGCCACACAGUUCCGCAAACAAAUAACAGAUCCACCACUCAGUGCCAGGUAUUUUCUGUUUGGCUUCUAGGCCUAUAUCGUAACAUCUGAUGCCCAUCUAGUGACCGGUGUCGCACGGAUCGUGGCAUUCAGGAUAUGACCAGAAGCCAGUUAGGAGGCACAGGGUAGUGUGCUGCUAGUUCAAGUAGAUUGUACUUAUUCAUGAUGCCAAAAAGAUCAGUGGUGGGUCAGCCCUCCUCUGCCAAGUACCAUAAGCUGACGAGGACAGGAGGUGAUGGAUAUAUUGACCUUCAGUUCGAGCGCCCUCCUCCGAAGAUUCCCUACAAAGCUAUCUUGCUGGCAACAGGCUUGUUUGUAGCAGGGAGUGUUCUCAUUGUUGUUGGUGCUCUUCUUCUCAGUGGCUACAUCAGUCCGCAGUAUUCUGAUCGAACAUGGCCGGUGCUGAUCCUGGGGGCGUUAAUGUUCAUACCUGGUGCAUACCACGUCCGACUUGCGUACUAUGCAUACAAGGGCUAUGCUGGAUACUCGUACGAAGACAUUCCAGAAUUUGAAUGAAACUUGGACAACUCCUCAAUGUUGCCUGGUCUACUCUUCACUUACCUCCCUUUGAACACCUAUUCUAUCUGAAUGAAAACCGAAACAUUAUUUAUCUACAUGAUCAAAAUGAACAUGUAGGUGUUUGUUUAAUGUGCUGUUAUCUUUGGGAAUGUGAGAGAAUUUCUUCCUGAACUUUUCUGUGGCCUUUUAAUGUCACAAUUUAUUGAUCAUUUGAAACUAGAAUGUGACUUCUUAGAAGUACUUCAUCCUCAUGAUUUUUGAUUGAACAGCUAUACAGAGUUAAUCAUUAUCAUGAUUAUGCAUCUUCCCGAGGCAAGUGAGUAAACUGACUACAAAAGAUCUAAGCUGGAAUUCAUGGCUGGAUCGUAACGCUACCAGUGGUAGUUAUGAGUUUUGUCCCUUCUAUGUCCCUCCUAUUGACCAAUCAGAUUCAACCUCUCCUUUCACUUGUUUUUUUGAACAAACUGGCAGCCCAGUCCAGACGAUCUGAUCGAUAUUCAGGAUAUUUGGUUUAAUAAAAUUGGCCUUACCUCACAAAGUACAUCAAAUCACUUGAGCACCGUGAUAAAAAACAUGAAAACAUUUUGAAAACAUCUGUCGAUGCCUAGUUGUGACUACACAUACACUGAAAAUCUUGCAAUCAAGCAAAAUUUGCAGGGCAAUUGCCAUAUUGUUUAUGAACCCAAUGUCGAUUUUGUCCUGAAAUUUUCAUUGGACUAGGCACAGAUUCGUUAGUCCAGUCAAAAUAUAACUAAAUAAUUCUUGUCUAGUUCGGCAAGGGUUGAAACUGAACCUGAACCUGAACCGAGGCAAUAGUCUGUUAACUCCCUUGCCUCGGGAAGAUGAUCAUUCUGAAGAUAUUUUCACUGUCAUCAUGGCCUGGCCUUAUGGAACAAAUGUUAUCACAUAUCUGUGUCAUGUAAGGACUUAAAGCCAGCCUUGCUGUAUGUUUCCAAGAAUGCAACAAUAGUCAAAUGACAGCGGAAUGUAUUAUGAAGUCAUCGGAGAUCUAUUGCAGGUAUUUUCAUUUUUCCAAAUUAUAUUUGAGCAUUAUUUAGGAACAGAUAAAUUUAUUAUAAGGAGGGUUGGGGGAGUAGGGGUCAUAAAAAAUUGUAAUAUGUAUUUGGGGGCCUUGAAAAAAUGUUACAUAAAAUGGGGGACACGUUGGGUCGAUCGGCAAGAUAUUUAACCCUAAGACCGAUCUCACUGCCCCCAAGACCUCGUCCCCACCCCCCAAUAAUAAUAAAUUACUAGUUCCUUAAGUCUAUAUUUGGAUUAGUAUGAUGGGAGGUUAUGCUUAGUUAGAAUCAAUUAAAUUCAGUCUUUGAAUCAGAUCACACAAAUCUGAACUAUUAUUAAUUUUAAAAUUAAAUUUCUGCUGAAAAUUUAAGUGACACAAGAUUUGUGAUCAACAUGGUCAAAGCAAAUGUUUUUUAGCGUUACGAUCAAAAGACUUGUUUUUAUUUCAUUAAUUGAUAAUCAAACACGUCGAGUUUAUGUCAACAUUAACAGUGUUAGGAAUUAACACGAUAGCUUCAGCAGCUACGUGAACCCGACGCUAGAUGACUUUACUGACUCAGAACACUAUGAACUUCAUCUUCUUUGUCUUCUGAUCAUGUGGUCAAGUGAGUUUCUGAACUUGGAUAUGAAAAGUACUUACAGUGUGGGGAAAUACCAAUAACUGCAUGGGAUAAGGGAAGGAAAUACCAAUAACUGCAUGGGAUAAGGGAAGGAAAUACCAAUAACUGCAUGGGAUAUAGGAAGGAAAUACCAAUAACUGCAUGGGAUAAGGGAAGGAAAUACCAAUAACUGCAUGUGAUAAGGGAAGGAAAUACCAAUAACUUCAUGGGAUAAAGGAAGGAAAUACCAAUAACUGCAUGGGAUAAGGGAAGGAAAAACCAAUAACUGCAUGUGAUAAGGGAAGGUAAUACCAAUAACUGCAUUGGAUAAGGGAAGGAAAUACCAAUAACUGCAUGUGAUAAGGGAAGGAAAUACCAAUAACUGCAUGUGAUAAGGGAAGGAAAUACCAAUAACUUCAUGGGAUAAAGGAAGGAAAUACCAAUAACUGCAUGGGAUAAGGGAAGGAGACCAAUAACUGCAUGCGAUAAGGGAAGGUAAUACCAAUAACUGCAUUGGAUAAGGGAAGGAAAUACCAAUAACUUCAUGGGAUAAGGGAAGGAAAUACCAAUAACUGCAUGGAUAAGGGAAGGAAAAACCAAUAACUGCAUGUUAUAAGGGAAGGAAAUACCAAUAACUGCAUGGGAUAAGGGAAGGAAAAACCAAUAACUGCAUGGGAUAAGGGAAGGAAAUACCAAUAACUGCAUGGGAUAAGGGAAGGAAAAACCAAUAACUGCAUGGGAUAAGGGAAGGAAAUACCAAUAACUGCAUGGAUAAGGGAAGGAAAAACCAAUAGCUGCAUGGGAUAAGGGAAGGAAAUACCAAUAACUGCAUGGGAUAAGGGAAGGAAAAACCAAUAACUGCAUGUGAUAAGGGAAGGAAAUACCAAUAACUGCAUGGGAUAAGGGAAGGAAAUACCAAUAACUGCAUGGGAUAAGGGAAGGAAAUACCAAUAACUGCAUGGGAUAAGGGAAGGAAAUACCAAAAACUGCAUGGGAUAAGGGAAGGAAAUACCAAUAACUGCAUGGGAUAAGGGAAGGAAAUACCAAUACCUGCAUGGGAGAAGGGAAGGAAAUACCAAAAACUGCAUGGGAUAAGGGAAGGAAAUACCAGUAACUGCAUAGGAAUAAGGGAAGAAAAUCAAACUGAGUCAUUCUUGUCACUGUCCGAUUAGUUCUCUGUGAGAUUGAAUAACAGGGUAUAUAUCUAAGUUCUAACAACUUCUUGAGCAUUGUCCUUUCCUCAUUCGUGUUAAUUACUCACACUGAAAUUUAUAUUUCAUUAAAUAUUAUGAUGUAAGUGUCUAAAGUACUUAAGUAAUAUGUACAUUUAUUGCAGUGCCAAAUAACCAUUUGAACUGGCAUAAUAGGUUCUAGUCAUAUUACGCUAUCUGGAAUGAACACUGAUAUCAGGAACAACACACACUGCAUAAUUAACAUCCUCUACUAAGUUGUUUUUAAAUGUGUGCAAGUCUUCAGCUGGGGCCAGAUCUGACCAACUACUUCCAUAUCCUGGAAUCCAUGCCAGAUAAAUUGUGCAAUAUGUGGUAGAAUUUGUGUCAUGUUUUAUCUGUUCUUGUUGUGUAUGUUCAUGUGGUAUGUCAAGUUCUUGGAUGAAUUCCUG